AUGAUAUGGGACUACUAUGAUGACAAAAUAUUGUUCGUAACUGGUGGAACGGGGUUUAUUGGCACGGGUAUACUUUACCGACUUUUGACCCAAGCAAACCCGGAACACAUUUAUGUCCUUUGUCGGGGUGGCUACUCAAAAGCGGAGUCAAAAUGGAAGAGCAUGCUGCCAAAAUCUAUUGCGGAGACUCUUACCCGAAGCAACAGCGUGACGGUUCUAGACGGUGAACUGGGGGAUACUGCGACUAUGAGUCUUGAAGAUGAAACGUUGCAAAUGCUGAAAAGAAGAGUUCACAUUUUUAUUCACGCUGCAUGCUCAAUCGAGCUUAAGAACUCUCUCCGCGAACUGUCUUAUACAGUCAUUGCGCCGACCCUGUGUCUUGCAAAUUAUGCCUUGAAAUUCCCGAAUCUCGAGAAAUUUGUCUUUAUUUCCAGCGCCUAUGUCAAUGCGCAUUUAUGGAAAACGAGCGAGUCUUCCGAUGUGGAAGUCGAAGAGCGAGUUUAUUCUCUUGAUAGGAGAGGCGAAGACCCCUACGAGAGCGCCCCUGAAAUCUGGAGGGAAGUACAAAAGAACGGUACAUCGCAUGAGUUCGAGACCCACGACUUCCCUUGGCCCUACGCAUAUGCCAAACACCUGGCUGAGCGAUUAGUUCUACAGAAGGCCUCUGAGAAGGGUGCCUUGGACAAGAUACUUAUCAUACGGCCGUCGGUAGUUGGGCCGGCCGAAGAGUUCCCAUACCAUGGAUUCACGACGUCGUAUUCGACGCCAUCAACAGCCUGUGCAGCAGCUUAUGCCUUGCACCCGGGCCGCAAAAUAAUACUUGCAACACGCUGUGACCAACCCGACCAAAAUGCUACGAUCGACGAAGUUCCGGUGGAUGUAGUAGUUGAUCGGCUACUGCUCCAUACGGCUGCGGGCACAAGUGGAUGCGUCCAUGCAGUCAGUGGUAAAAAAAGAAGGCUGCGCCUGGAAGACUGGUGGAAUGCAUUCAAGAAUGAGCGCCGCCUGCCUUGGAAUGUGAAGCCCAUCUGGACCAACGAGGAUUGGCAUUCCUCCAACCUGCACCAGAUGGCUCGAAACUUCAAAAUUAUCGGGACAUCGUUCGCCUUUGCCGAAGAUAAGACUGAUCAGGUGGUUGAGGCACUUAGUUCAGACGAGCUGGAGCACCUCAAAUUGUAUACGGACCGCUCUCGGCCUUAUCAUCAUUCCCUCAUCCACCGCAGACAUCAUAUACAUCAUUUAGCCAAGGAGAUGAUAAAGAAGAACAAAAUGCCAGUGCCAUUAUUUAUGACUGGUUUGUUCUGUAAAAAAGGAAAGCCACCACAUCAUCAUCUGCCUCAAAGCCAAAAAUUUGUUGUAUAA